AAAAGAACCAUUGGAGUGAAGCUGUGCCCCAAAGAAGCACAACAACAACUACAGCAUCAACAAUCAACAUUAGCAGCCAUCAACAGCAUUAGCAGCCUUUAUCAUCAUCAGCGGCAACAACAAAACCAGGCACAAGACCAAGAAGCUAACAUACAUAUCUACAAAAAUACAAGGAAAGUAAUCGAAGACAUCACGGCAUCAAGGAAGGCAUGCCCCCUGGCUCCAACGGCGGAAACGGGCAACUGCCUACAAUGCCGGCUCUGCCACCGGUACCACGCCUUGCGGACGUGCUCGGCCUUCAAGGCGAUGAAGCCGCUAAAACGGUUGGGAGUAGCCCGAGCACAGGGUUACUGCAUCAACUGCCUUGCCCUCACCCACACUACCGGGGAGUGCGACUCGCCAGGCAGCUGCAAGACCUGCAGGCUAGCGCACCACACGCUGCUGCAUGUGGCAGCCAAUAACCAUGCGCGCACAGGCCAACGAAAGCAGCAGCCCAAGCAUCGCGCACAUGCAGGGAAGCCAGUAAAGACGCCCACCAACAAGGGAAGCCCGGAGCAAAAGGCGCAGAGCCCGCGCAACCAGGCGCACAAUAUGCGCAAUCAGGCAUCGCAACCGCCGCGCAAGAAGACCGCCCGACGCUCGAUUGCGCGCACCCUCCAAGGCCUGACACACACACACACUCAACGUGUAUAGUGGUCAACAUCCAUAGAGUGAAGACGUGUUUUUUUCAAGUGCUCCUGUGGAAAGUGUAGAAAAAUAAUAACCAAGUGACAAAAAUAGUGUUGAAAGGUGCCGAUAGCCUUAAAUUGCGUCACCAUAGAUCGAGGGCGCCAAGGCAUCGCCUCCUAAGCAUAUACAGUGUCUGAACUUAAAAUAAAAAAUUAAAAAUCAAAGACUCAUAAAACUCGCUUAACUACUUGCCUACUGCUUCGAAAGCGAAGAAGGGAGAGCUGGUAAGCAAUCGGCGCGAUACACUUAGAGUACACAAGUACCAAGCA